GACUAUGGUUGCCGGAAACAAAUCCGGAUGGGAAAGGGUGUAUGUAGCUGUUCCUAGGAUGAAUAUUGUGAUAACAGAACGGCGUUUGAAGCAGUGACGUGUUACAUCAGUACAUCACAUCACAUCACGUAAAUAUAGGUAAUAAGCUCGGAAAAAGUUUUGUCGUUUCACACCCAUCUGUUUGGCCCUACCAUUUCCUCACUCAUCAUCCCCAUAACCCAUUCCCCUUUUGCCACUUGAACCAAAACCUCUGCACCUUUUCUUUUCACUCUCAGUCUCCGAUCCAAUAUGACGGAGGAACGGAACGUGCGGAAGACACGUGUGGUCGACGUGGUCCUCGACUGCGUCAUCCCUUACAUCGACGACCCCAAGGACCGCGACGCCGUUUCCCAGGUGUGUCGACGCUGGUACGAGCUCGACUCGCUCACCCGCAAGCACGUCACCAUCGCGCUCUGCUACACCACCACCCCGGCUCGCCUCCGCCGCCGCUUCCCGCACCUCGAGUCGCUCAAGCUCAAGGGCAAGCCCCGAGCCGCAAUGUUCAACUUGAUACCCGAGGAUUGGGGCGGACACGUCACUCCCUGGGUCAAAGAGAUUUCUCAGUACUUCGAUUGCCUCAAGAGCCUCCACUUCCGCCGCAUGAUUGUCAAGGAUUCCGAUCUUCAGAAUCUCGCUCGUGACCGCGGUCACGUGCUUCACGCUCUCAAGCUUGACAAGUGCUCCGGUUUCACCACCGAUGGUCUUUUCCAUAUCGGUCGCUUUUGCAAGAGUUUAAGAGUCUUGUUUUUGGAGGAAAGCUCAAUUCUUGAGAAGGACGGAGAAUGGCUACACGAGCUUGCUUUGAAUAAUACAGUUCUUGAGACUCUCAAUUUUUACUUGACAGACAUUGCUGUUGUGAAGAUUGAGGACCUUGAACUUUUAGCUAAAAAUUGCCCCAACUUAGUGUCUGUGAAACUUACUGACUGUGAAAUACUGGAUCUUGUGAACUUCUUUAAGCAUGCCUCUGCGCUGGAAGAGUUUUGUGGAGGCACCUACAACGAGGAACCAGAAAGAUACUCUGCUAUAUCAUUACCAGCAAAGUUAUGUCGAUUGGGUUUAACAUAUAUUGGAAAGAAUGAGUUGCCCAUUGUGUUCAUGUUUGCAGCCGUACUAAAAAAAUUGGAUCUCCUCUAUGCAAUGCUAGACACGGAGGAUCAUUGUAUGUUAAUCCAAAGGUGUCCAAAUCUGGAAGUCCUUGAGACAAGGAAUGUAAUUGGAGAUAGAGGGUUAGAGGUUCUUGGUCGUUGUUGUAAGAGGCUAAAAAGGCUUAGGAUUGAAAGGGGCGAUGAUGAUCAAGGAAUGGAGGAUGAAGAAGGUACUGUGUCCCAUAGAGGGCUAAUAGCCUUGUCACAGGGCUGUUCAGAGCUUGAAUACAUGGCUGUUUAUGUGUCUGAUAUUACAAAUGCAUCUCUGGAACAUAUUGGAACUCACUUGAAGAACCUCUGUGAUUUUCGCCUUGUGUUGCUUGACCAUGAAGAGAAGAUAACUGAUUUGCCACUUGACAAUGGGGUGAGGGCUCUACUGAGGGGCUGUGACAAGCUGAGGAGAUUUGCUCUAUAUCUCAGGCGUGGCGGGUUGACUGAUGUAGGCCUUGGUUACAUUGGACAAUACAGUCCAAAUGUGAGAUGGAUGCUGCUUGGUUAUGUGGGGGAGUCUGAUGCAGGGCUUUUGGAGUUCGCUAAGGGGUGUCCUAGUCUUCAGAAACUUGAAAUGAGAGGGUGUUUAUUUUUCAGUGAACGUGCACUUGCUGUGGCUGCAACACAAUUGACUUCUCUUAGGUACUUGUGGGUGCAAGGUUAUGGUGUAUCUCCAUCUGGACGUGAUCUUUUGGUAAUGGCUCGACCCUUUUGGAACAUUGAGUUGAUUCCUUCUAGAAAGGUGGCUACGAAUACCAAUCCAGAUGAGACUGUAGUUGUUGAGCAUCCUGCUCAUAUUCUUGCAUAUUAUUCUCUUGCAGGGCAGAGAUCAGAUUUUCCAGAUACUGUUGUGCCUUUGGACACUGCCACAUGCGUUGAUACCUAGAGGCCAGAGCUGUGUAUAUAUACCAGUUUUCUUUUGUUUUUCUUCUCCCCUUUCAUAUGCUGUUUCUAUGUUCCUGCUCUAUUUGUAGUUCAUUUUAGACAAUUAGUCUUGUAAUAAGCCUGUGUUUUCAUUUGAAAUUCUGAAACGCUUCCCCUAACGCUAUUGGCUCCCUUAAAAACUGAACAUUCUCAAUUUUGUGAAUAAAAAGCAAUUCUUCCCCCCUUUUGGAUCUA